AGUUAGGAAGUAAAGCAUUCAGGUCAAUUCUGAUAGGGUUUCUUACUAGGUUAUACUACAGUAGUUGCUUGUUUUAGCCUAGGAGAUACCUUUUCAUCUUUAAUAACUGAAUGAGGCUAAUCUACUUAUGCUCUGAACCAACCUAGCUAGGGCUAUGAAAACUAAGAAUUCCACACUAUGAGUUUCCUUACUACUUGUCUGCUUGGCCCUUAAUCAAGUUAUAUAGAUUUUAUUAGACUUUGUCUGUAGAGCGUCAGUAUUGGGGAAAGAUCAGUCAAAACAUUAGCGGCCCUUUAGCGACACCUGUGUUCGCCUCCUCGGCUAAUUCUCUAGUUUUGUCAACUGCCCUUUCUUCUCCAGUAAUUAAUUAACCUUACCUUCCCGAAACACCUCUACUUUGGCACCAUGUAUAGAAGUGAGUUACCCAACUGCUUUAUAUCUCACUUAUGUUUCUUAUCCUGUACCCGCUCCCCUAGUAUCUAAUGUAUCUAAUGCGCUAGAUCUCUUACCUGCUUAAGUGGUUUUCUACCUUACUACUAAGCUUGUCGUCUUGUCUUCUUGUCGUCUUGUCUAUCCGUUGCUUAGCCCCUUGUUUCAUCGUAUCUAUAGGCAGUAUCAAGUAGGGAAGCAGUUUCGUAAGAAGUAGAGGCCAGGCCAAAUGAGAUGGUAUUUCCUUAGAAGAGGGAGAGAUCUAGUCCUGAUUAGUUUACAGUUGCCCUGGUUGAAUCAGUAUUUAUUGCCAUAGGAGAGGCCGGGGCAGUAUAAAAAGAAGAAACAGUAGACUUGGAUCUUAAAGCUAACUAUCCCUUUGAAGACUCCCAAUCAAUCAGCGAGUAGGAGAAUCAACCAUAUACUUAUUUAAGAAGGAAAGAAAGUGUAGUAGUUUGAGAAGCAAAAGAGAAGGAUAAGGAUUAAGAAAAAGAAAAGAAGUUGUUUCAAGAGCAGUUGAGGAAGAAAGACCAUAAGCCGGGGAAGACCUUAGAGAAAUCCUAAUAAAGAUCAUAAGCCGGGGAAGAACUGAGGAUUCUCUUUCUUACCAUGCCUACCCAGAAUCUGGCUCUUUCAACUCAUUAGUGACUUUCUUUCUUGCGUGUUCAUUCCUUGGUGUUGCUUGCUCUGUUCUGUUUACUUUGGCAUUAGUUUCUCUUUGUUCUGCUUCCUUUCCUUUCGAAAGAAACCUUCCUUCUCCCACGAAUGCGUUUGCUCUUAAGGAUGAAGCCGGCGUGUUUUCUUGUUAGUUAGUCUGGGAGGUAGCACAUUCUCCUCGUGGAUAUUUGGUAUCUCAGAUCUAAUAAGGUAAUGACUUUCUCAAAAGAGCGAAACUCCAGGAUGAGAAGACUGUUGACACUCCCUUUGAGCUUAACGUUAAACUCCUAAUUACUGAUGGCUCACCAUUAUCUGAUCCGACGCUGUUGAGUUUCUCUUUAGAUCUCUCGCCCAUAUAUUGCCUUGGCUCUUCCUAAUAAAGAUAGAUAGUAAGCCUUUCAUAAAGAUAGAUAGUAAGCCUUUCAUAGCAGCGCCCUCGGUUAGUUCACCUUUCCGCUGUUUAUAGGAUUCUUAGUUAAAGCUGUUCAUCGGAUUCUUAGAUAUAUAGUAAGCUUUUCUCGAGCCUUAGUUUUUCCGUCAUCGUCCUCUUUAGGGUUCCGUGAUACUACUGAUGCCGAUUGGGCCUUAAGAUGGGUGCUCAACAACAAAACAGGACAUUGCUUAAUAUAUUAUAUAAAUCUUAUAGAGUUCUACUAAUCUAAUAGAGAAAUCUUAUAGAAUAGAGUUAUUAUAGAGUCGAUAAAUCUUAUAGAGUUAUUAUAGAGUCAAAUAAGAUAUUAAUAGAGUUAUUAUAGAAAGAUAUUAAUAGAGUUAUUAUAGAUAUUAAUAGAGUUAUUAUAGAUAUUAAUAGAGUUAUUAUAGAGUCAAAUAAGAUAUUCUAUAUUCCAAGUAAGAAGGUGCGUGCAUACUUUGGCAGGGCCCCACUACUUCUUAAUUCUGGGCAGUGUAGCCUGAUUACUUUACAUCUAACUAGGCGAGAGGUUAACCUAACCCUCUUAGCAAUUUCAGCAUAACGGUGUUUAGUUUCAGCUGACUUUCCCAUCCAAAAAACCCCUAUAGUGUGUUUUUUCAUUCUAAGCUGCUAUAUCUUUCUACUGUUGUCAACAACUCUUUUUCAUGUUUGAUUCUCCUCUAUGUUAGAACAUAUCAGUUAUUCCGAUCUAAAUCUAAGUGGUCUUAUUCUGUGUCCUGUGCUAGGAAGCAUAACUCCUCUUUUGAUUCCCAAUUCAAGAAUACGACCGAUACGCUUGAUUGGUCUGUGCGCUUCUCUUAUUACUUUUUUGUAUCCCCCUGUUCUUCGGAUACAAUUCGAUCCUUCUACGGCCAAAUCUCAAUUUGUGGAAAGGCUUCGAUGGCUUCCUUAUGAAAACAUCCAUUAUUAUAUUGGUAUAGACGGUCUUUCAUUAUUCUUCGUGAUAUUGACGACAUUACUUAUCCCUAUUUGCAUUUCAGUGGGUUGGUCUAGUAUAAGACAUUUUGGUAAAGAAUAUAUUAUAUCAUUUCUAAUUCGUGAAUUUCUAAUGAUCGCCGUGUCCUGCAUGCUGGAUCCUCUACUAUUCUAUGUUCUUUCCGAAAGUGUGCUAAUCCCUAUGUUGUGCGGAGCUAAGCAUCUUCUAUUCGCUGGGAGAAAGCUUUUCCUCUGCAGGGGCCUUGUGCAGUAAACCCUCUAUGGGCGGUCCUCCGUCGUCGUAAAGUGGUAAAGGUCCCCGCGAAGCUUUCGGGAAGAGGGGUAGUCUUGUGCGUAAGCAUAGCAUUUCUGGUCGAACCACCGAACCACACAUCUUUUUGGAUUUCCGGGUACUUAGUUGGUAACUCGUAGGACCUCGACCCGCCUACUCGGGUCUUGUAUGGAUAUGCAGGAAGGGGUGCUCCUAGGUGUGUUUAGGGGAUGUGUUUGUUCGCGAGAAUGGAUUCCUCGUCAAGUCAGGGGGGUGUAAACACACUUGCGCGAAUUCGGGUAACGGCUACAAG